CUGUAAUCCUUUGAACAAUGUUACCAUGGAAACCAUAAGAGCAUCUGUCAAAUGUAAAUAUUGUGACAAAGAUAAUCUGAAGAGGUGGCUCAAAGAAAUUGACUGAAAUGGAGAAACUUUGCCAGGAAGAGAAAGCAUCACUGGAAGAGAAACAAACCUGCACAAACCCAGGAGAACAUGAUGAUGAAGCCUCAGUUGGUCCCAGUGAUGGACAGCAGGUUCAGCCCACCAAGAGACUGCAGAAACAACACCGUUGUGACAAGUGUCUGAAACUUUUCAGAUGGAAGAUGAAUCUGAAAAUUCAUCAACGCAUUCACACUGGAGAGAAGCCCUAUCUCUGUGACCAGUGUGGAAAGGCUUUCAUUUCCAAGAGUAAUUUAAACAGCCAUCAGCGAAUCCACACUGAUGAAAAGCCUUACAGCUGCAGUCAGUGUGAGAAGAGAUUCAAACGUUCCUCACAUCUGAAGCUUCAUCAGCGAAUCCACACUGAUGAAAAGCCUUACAGCUGCAGUCAGUGUGAGAAAAGAUUCAAACAUUCCUCCAGUCUGAAGCUUCAUCAGCGAAUCCACACUGGUGAAAAGCCUUAUAGAUGUGAUCAGUGUGAGAAGACAUUCAGAGAAUCCUCACAUCUGAAGCUACAUCAGCGAAUCCACACUGAUGAAAAGCCUUACAGCUGCAGUCAGUGUGAGAAGAGAUUCAAACAAUCCCCAGGUCUGAAGCUUCAUCAGCGAAUCCACACUGAUGAAAAGCCUUACAGCUGCAGUCAGUGUGAGAAGAGAUUCAAACAAUCCUCAGGUCUGAAGCUUCAUCAGCGAAUCCACACUGGUGAAAAGCCUUACAGCUGCAGUCAGUGUGAGAAGAGAUUCAAACGUUCCUCACAUCUGAAGAUUCAUCAGCGAAUCCACACUGGUGAAAAGCCUUACAGCUGCAGUCAGUGUGAGAAGAGAUUCAAACAUUCCUCUGGUCUGAGGCUUCAUCAGCGAAUCCACACUGAUGAAAAGCCUUAUAGAUGUGAUCAGUGUGAGAAGACAUUCAGAGAUUCCUCAGGACUGCUGUAUCAUAAGCCAAUCCACACUGGAGAGAAGCGCUUUCUCUGUGACCAGUGUGGAAAGGCUUUCAUUUCCAAGGGUAAUUUAAACAGCCAUCAGCGAAUCCACACUGAUGAAAAGCCUUACAGCUGCAGUCAGUGUGAGAAGAGAUUCAAACAUUCCUCAGGUCUGAGGCUUCAUCAGCGAAUCCACACUGAUGAAAAGCCUUACAGCUGCAGUCAGUGUGAGAAGAGAUUCAAACAAUCCUCAGGUCUGAAGCUUCAUCAGCGAAUCCACACUGGUGAAGAGCCUUACAGCUGCAGUCAGUGUGAGAAGAGAUUCAAACAAUCCUCACAUCUGAAGAUUCAUCAGCGAAUCCACACUGGUGAAAAGCCUUACAGCUGCAGUCAGUGUGAGAAAAGAUUCAAACAUACCUCAAGUCUGAAGCAUCAUCAGCGAAUCCACACUGGUGAAAAACCUUACAGCUGCAGUCAGUGUGAGAAAGGAUUCAAACAUUCCUCAAAUCUGAAGCUUCAUCAGCGAAUCCACACUGGUGAAAAGCCUUACAGCUGCAGUCAGUGUGAGAAGAGAUUCAAACAAUACUCACAUCUGAAGAUUCAUCAGCGAAUCCACACUGGUGAAAAGCCUUACAGCUGCAGUCAGUGUGAGAAGAGAUUCAAACGUUCCUCAAGUCUGAAGCAUCAUCAGCGAAUCCACGCAGGAGAAAAAGCCUGAUCCACAUAAGACAGCAGCAACAUCUGGAAUGUGAAAGAACUUCUUUCUCUCCUCCUUUCUUCCAUCACUACGGUGACAACAGUCGGUGAUGUCAGUAACAUUUAUAUCAAUAAUAAUAACAAGCAUGCAAACAAAU